ACGACGAGGACGUUCUGAUCUACGCUAGCCCCGUAACAAAUCGGCCUCUUCUCCUAACAACGAUGGGCCUGCACAACAAGACGGUCGUCUCGGAGUUCAUACUGGUUGGAUUAACGGAAAACUUCCGACUCAAAUGUAUUCUGUUUGUCACCUUUUUCUUUAUUUACCUCUUGACUCUGUUUCAGAAUUUGGGACUUGUAGUUCUCAUCAGCGUAGACAGGAAACUCCACACCCCCAUGUACAGUUUCUUGCGCCACUUAUCGUUCCUCGACGUCUGCUACUCUUCAUCCAUCAUGAUAAGGAUGCUGAAAGACUUGGCCUCCUAUAAUACGUCCAUAUCGGUCGCUGGAUGCGAACUUCAGAUGCUCUCUUAUAUUGCGUUUGGAGUAACUGAGUGUUUUCUUCUGGCGGCCAUGUCCUACGACCGGUACGUGGCCAUAUGCCACCCGCUGACCUACCUCCAAAUAAUGAGCGGGAGGACCAUCCUGACCCUUCUCGUCUUCUCCUACUUCGGAGGCUUGGUCAAUGCCUUUGUUGAGACCGGCUUCUCGCACUUCCAUCUGGACUUCUGUGAAGAACGCCCGUAUAUUUACCACUACUACUGUGACGUCAUCGCCGUCAUUCAGAUUUCCUGUGGUGACACCGGACUCAAUCAAAUGGUCCUCUUCGCCUUUGCGGGUUUCACCGAGUUCUCCUCUCUGUUGGUGAUCCUCGUGUCCUAUAUGUACAUUUUGGUAUCGGUCUUACGCAUUCGUUCUUCCCAAGGACGCAGGAAGGCCUUCUCUACUUGUACGUCUCACUUGACGGUGGUGACUAUAUUUUACGGGACGGUCAUGUUUAUGUACCUCAGACCUUCAUCUGACUACAGCCCAGAGCAAGGCAAAGUGAUUUCUGUGUUUUUCACUAUAGUCAUUCCUUUUCUGAAUCCUUUAAUAUACAGCCUGAGGAACCGCGACGUAAAAACCUCUGCCCAAAAAAUGGGAGUUUCCAUACUGAAGAACGUGAGGAGGUUUGGUAUACAUUGACAGUUAUAUUGCGUCACUUCAUCCACUU